CUUUGUCCCGUCAGUUUCCUUCCCAUUCUACUUCAGCCUCCUCAAGCCCAUGUACACUAUUAAAACAGAACCAGUUUCUGUUUAGCUUGAGAUUCCUCUUAAACCUUAUUUCCUUUAAAAUGUCUCUCCCUUUACCCCAUCAAGCUUCUCUAUCUCUUACCAGUGAAGUAAUUCUCUUGCUAUCUUCGGUGUAGAGAUUCUUUUGGGUUUGGUGUAGAUUUCUUAUAUGGAUUUUGGGAUGGUUGGGUUUGACGCGUUAAUAGGUUCAGAUACAAGUAGUUUUGCUUCUCUUGUUUCAGAUCCUGUAAACAAGGACAAAUGGUCUGGAUCUAAUGGGCUACUGAAGCAGGAGCGAUCCGGUAACAAUGAAGAUGACUGGAGGAGUUCGAAAGUGGGUAAAAGUGAUGAUUUUUCAGCCUCCAAGGCAAUGUUGCUUCAGCAGAGAAACGACUCUUUACUGAGAUCUAAUUACACUCUCUUUGAUGGUCAACAAGAUCAAAAGAUGCUCAGUUUCUCUUCUCCAAAAUCAGAUUCUCUUUCGCUGUAUAGAAGCUCUGAAAAUGUUACAUUGCCUUACUAUCAACUUGCAUCGUCUGCUUAUGGUAGAAACACAGGUUACAAUUGCGGAAGCUUCAAUGGUGCAAAUAUACAUGGGGUUUUAGCGGCUGCCAGGGGACCAUUCACUCCAUCACAGCGGAUGGAACUAGAACACCAGGCUUUGAUCUACAAAUAUAUUACUGCAAAUGUGCCGAUACCCUCGAACCUUCUCGUCCCUAUCCGAAAAGCUUUUGAUUCUACUGGCUUUUCUAGCUUUUCAGCCGGCCUUCUCCGACCCAAUACAAUUGGAUGGGGUUCAUUCCAUUUGGGAUUCUCGAACAACACUGAUCCUGAACCUGGAAGGUGUCGGAGAACUGAUGGGAAGAAAUGGCGGUGUUCAAGAGAUGCAGUUGCUGAUCAGAAGUACUGUGAGCGGCACAUGAAUAGGGGCCGCCAUCGUUCAAGAAAGCCUGUGGAAGGCCAGUCAGGCCAUUCCGCCGUUGCCACUACCACCUCCAACUCUUCCAAGUUGAUUCCCACCACCUCUUCCGUGAUGGGCCCUACUGGUGGCGGCGGUGCAUCCAGCAGUCUUGCCACUGAGCACCAACAACAGCUCAAAACUUUGCAGCCUGGUGGUGUAUCUAAUCUCCCUGCAGCUGCACCCAUGAAUAAGAUUCUUCUAAAUAAAGACAUUGCGGAUGAGAGAAAACAAGAUUCGCCGGGGUUGUCAAUGCUGUCUCCUGUUAUAGAUUUAAAAUUUAAGGAGAACUCUUUCUUUAUGUCAAAACAGCAAAUCCCAUUUGAAGAAUCUUCACGGUCUGAGUUUGGAUUUUUUUCGUCCAACUCCCUACUGAACCCUUCACAUACAAGUCCAUUGAUGACUUGCAGAAACUUUGGUUCUUCUCAGGACCUGACUGACCAAGAAACCGAAACGCAGCAUUCCCUUCGCCAAUUCAUGGAUGAAUGGCCUAAAAAUCAGGUUAAUCGAUCAGCCAUUUCCUGGCCUGAGAUUGAUAUGCAGUCAGAUAGAACCCAACUGUCCAUUUCUAUCCCCGUGACUUCGUCAGAUUUCAUGUCUUCCACUCCAUCUCCCAACAAUGAUAAAGUCACACUAUCACCACUCCGAUUGUCGCGGGAGUUUGAUCCAGUACAGAUGGGACUGGGAGUGGGCAGUGUCCUCAAUGAACCAAGCCAAAGGCAAGCGAAUUGGAUUCCGAUCAUCUGGGAAUCUUCAAUGGGAGGUCCUCUUGGUGAGGUUUUGCACAAUACAAAUAACACUAAUGCCAUAACCAACUGCAAGAACCCAUCAUCACUAAACCUCAUGAGCGAGGACUGGGAUAAUAGUCCUCGACUAUCUCCAACUGGAGUUUUACAGAAGACUGCAUUUGGUUCAGUUUCAAAUAGCAGUUCGGGUAGCAGCCCAAGAGCAGAGAACAACAAAACUCGUGAAGGUGCUAGCUUGUGCAAUGAACUCCUUGGCUAAACACUUGUGAAUUCUCCCUCAUUGCUGACCUGCAAUGACUCAACCGAUAAAGAUGAUGAAAGAUUUAAAUGUCAUAUUUUGCUGGCAAAUCUUGAACAACUAGUUUUGAAGGUUUUCAAAUAGUUUGUUAAGUUUAUUUAGUUCUGUAACCUGUAUCUCUUGGUUUUCUUAGUAAAAGUGGAGACUUUUAACAAA